AUGGUGGUUGAUAGAUCAGAGGAUCCUCAGAUGAAGACAAACACUACUAUUGUUAUCGCUGAUGAUGAUGCUAGGUCGGACCAGUUUCCGAAAGUGACAACCAAAGUUACGGAUUCUUCAGAGCUGAUAGGCGAGGAUGAUGAAGGCUCCCCUGAGCAUCAAGCUGAAUUUAUAGAAAAACUAGGCUCCUUUUAUCGGGAGAAUGCGAUAGAAUUUAAACAACCUAGGUUUUAUGGUCAUCCGCUUAAUUGCCUAAAGUUAUGGAGAUCUGUCAUCAAAUUAGGUGGUUAUGAUCAGGUAACUGGAAAAAAAAUAUGGAGGCAAGUGGGAGACUCCUUUAAUCCCCCCAAGACUUGCACUAAUGUUUCUUCGACAUUCCGCGGCUUCUAUGAGAAGUUACUUCUCCAAUACGAAAGGCAUAUGACACAAAUUGGAGAGCUUCAACUUCCUAUUGCUCCUUCUCAUGUUGACAAUGAGGGAAGUGGUUACCAAAUUUCUGCAUCAGGAAGGGCAGUAAGAGAUUCCGCUGCUCGAUGUAGGCUAGGCUGGCAGGAGCAACACUUUCUUGGUUACGGCGAGGUUGCUGAGCCAAAUGUAAAGGAUGGGAGUGCCUACAAUACGCCAAAACGUGCGAAGAGCCAAAAAACUAGUGGUAAGAUUAUUCGUCAAUUCUUUGCCAACUUUACUUCAUAUAUCUCUUUCAUUGAGCUGUUUUCUCCCAAUAUAAAGUCUGGCAUUUCCAAAACUUUUGCCUUUCGUGUCUGUUCUCACGAGGGACAAAAUGAAGAGGGGCAGCCAAUGAAAGCUGCAAAAGCUAAAACAUCUCAGCCGUUGGAUGUCCAAAUUGUUGAUGUUGGACCCCCCGCUAAUUGGGUGAAAAUCAAUGUUCGUCAAACAAAUGAUUCCUUUGAGGUCUAUGCACUGGUGCCUGGGCUUUUACAGGAGGAGGUACGGGUUCAAUCUGAUCCAGCUGGUCGCCUGGUCAUUACUGGUCAGCCAAAACAACUUGACAAUUUUUGGGGUAUUACUGCCUUCAAGAAGGUGGUCACCUUACCUGCUAGAAUUGAUCAGCUUCGGACCCACGGUGAUGUCACCCUUCAUGGGUGUCUUCACGUUCAUGUGCCUUUUGAGCAGAAAAAUCUCUGA